UCCCGCUAGCGAGCCCCUUUGCAUCGCGCAGGGAGUAGCUGCCAACGUCCCCAAAUUUCCACGACGACACCGCUCCAACACCACACCUCAGACAUACGCCCCCGUCUCACCCCCAAGCAGUCUCGCCUCAUCGCCCGACUGUCUCCAUUGCGUGUGCCAGCCGCCUAUCCACCACACCCAUCACAUUCACCGCCCCCGAGUUCAUCAUGUCUUCGGCGCUUAACAAGACGCGCAGAAAGAAGAAUGUCAAGAAGGGUAUCCAGUUCUGUCUGAUGGUCUGCGGUGCCUCUGGUACCGGCCGGACAACCUUCGUCAACACCCUCUGCGGCAAGCAGGUGCUUGGACACAAGGAGGUUGACGACCCAACAACGGCACACGUCGAGGAGGGCGUCAAGAUCAAGCCCAUCACAGUCGAACUCGACGAGGAGGGCACCCGCAUCUCGCUCACCAUUGUUGACACACCCGGUUUCGGAGACCAGAUCGACAACGAGGCCAGCUUCUCAGAGAUCGUCGGCUACCUCGAGCGACAGUACGACGGCAUUCUCGCAGAGGAAUCGCGUAUUAAGCGUAACCCCCGAUUCCGCGACGACCGUGUACAUGUCCUGCUCUACUUCAUCACACCCACCGGCCACGGUCUCCGUGAACUCGACAUCGAGCUUAUGAAGCGCCUUUCACCCCGCUGCAACGUCAUCCCCGUCAUCGGCAAGGCUGACUCCCUUACACCCGCCGAGCUCGCCGAGUCGAAGAAGCUUGUCAUGGAGGACAUUGAGCACUACCGCAUCCCCGUGUACAACUUCCCCUACGACAUCGAGGAGGACGACGAGGACACCGUCGAGGAGAAUGCCGAGCUCCGCGGCUUGAUGCCCUUCGCUAUCGUUGGAUCCGAGGACAUUGUUGAGAUCAACGGCCGACGGGUACGGGCACGCCAAUACCCCUGGGGUAUCGUCGAGGUCGACAACCCCCGCCACUCUGACUUCCUGGCUGUGCGAAGUGCCCUCCUCCACAGCCAUCUUGCCGAUCUCAAGGAGAUUACGCAUGACUUCCUAUACGAGAACUACCGUACCGAGAAGCUUAGUAAGAGUGUCGAAGGUGGUGCUGCUGCUGACUCGUCGAUGAACCCCGAGGAUCUUGCCAGCCAGUCAGUGCGCUUGAAGGAGGAGCAACUGCGACGCGAAGAGGAGAAGCUGCGCGAGAUCGAAGUGAAGGUCCAGCGCGAGAUCAACGAGAAGCGGCAGGAGCUCUUGGCCCGCGAGAGUCAGUUGAAGGAGAUCGAGGCCCGCAUGAACAGGGAACAGAGCGGCCAACUGCAAGACCACGACGCAGACGAGGCUUAGAUGACGCCAACACACCUCGCUUUCAGAAUCCGGCUGUUGCAUCUCCUGCGGUCUUGGUCAAGCACGGGUAGCGCGCUUGCCACGAAAACCAUCGAGUCGUCAAAAGGUGUAUUGAUCAUCACAGCUGCGGGCGUUUGUAAUAGGUGGCUUGUGCAAUGCCGACACGGAAGGACAUGGUCGGAUGCCGGGCUUCAUUUCUUCUUAUUUGGGGGCCUUCCAUCUUUUAGCCGACAGUGAUAGCCCUUGGAUCACGUCUGUGGUUACACUGUCCUCGACAUGACACUGCUUCUCGUAUGUUUUCUUAGCUUUUCGAUACUUAUUCCCCCGCCUUUUGGUCCUUCAUGUAGGAAGUAGUAAUUAACAUUCUAAUAUCACCCCGGUGGUCAU